GACAAAUGACAGUGAAAACCACCACGACGCCCGGAACCAAGAAUUUCUUUCCUCCUCUUAACACCAUUUGUUGAAGCCUGCCACUUUCGUGUGCGCUCCCUUUGAACUUUCAACGCCUUCUCGAACGCCACUCAUGCGCGUGCCCGGCCCCCGCGUUUCCACUGGCCCUGCCUUAAGUACCCAUCUCUCUCUUUAACGUCAAGUGCGUCGUUUGUAGAAAGAAUCUUGGAGAAGAUUUUAGCUCCUGGCGUGUCUCUCUGGGUUCUGGCAAAGAUUUUCCCGGCAUUCUCAGGUUCACUGCAAGCUUCGCUUUAGUUUCUGUUUCCGCAGUUGAUUACUGCGUGAAAGUCGUUCACUUUUAUAAUAGAAGAAAAUGUUUGGUUCAAAGAAGUCUCCAUUGAAACUGGCCAAGCAUAACUCUGUUGAUAAUGGACAUCCCGUUGCUUCAGGCUCCAAUCCUUUUGGUUCUGAUGAUGAGGUAGAUAAUAAACAAAAUCUUAACAACGCAAGAAGGACAUCAUCCGAGCCUACAUUAGGUUUACCAAAAUCGAGCAUUGACUCCUACAAUGAUCACACUCAAAAAGGAAUGUCUGCUUCCUCAUAUUCGAGUUCGCUAACCUAUGCCACGAGAAAUAGGUAUAAGAAUAAUUUCCAUGACUCUGGGGGCUUGGAGAACCAAUCUGUGCAAGAACUUGAAGGCUAUGCAGUGUACAAGGCUGAGGAGACUACAAAGAGUGUUAAUGGCUGCCUGAAGAUCGCAGAGGACAUGAGAGAGGACGCAUCGAAGACACUGGUCAUGUUGCAUGAGCAGGGUGAGCAGAUCACCAGGAGCCAUGCGGUUGCUGUUGAUAUAGAUCACAAUCUUAGCCGGGGCGAGAAGCUUCUGGGAAGCCUUGGAGGCAUGUUUAAAAAGAACUGGAAACCGAACAAAAACCGUCAAAUUACUGGCCCUCGAAUUACAAGAGAUGCUGUCCAGACGAAGGGUAAUCACUCAGAACAGAGGGAGAAGUUGGGUUUGACUUCAGCGACAAAGCAACAAUCUAACACACGAAAGCCACUGCACGAGCCAACAGAUGCAUACCAAAAAGUUGAGGUCGAAAAGUCAAAGCAAGAUGAUUCUCUCUCAGAAAUUAGCAAUAUUUUGGGGGAUCUGAAGGACAUGGCUAUUGACAUGGGAACUGAAAUUGAGAGGCACAACAAAGCUCUGGAUCAUUUCGAUAGUGAUGCGGAGGAGCUUGUUUUUCGGGUUGAAGGAGCGAAUCGGCGUGGACGCCGUUUGCUCGGCAAGUAGAAUUCGGACCGCUCAUUUGUUUUCCUAGUGGGCUAGCCUAGCACAUCCUUCCGUCAUUUUCUACUUGGAGUCUGAGUAUCAUCUCAUAUGUGAUUUUUCCCAAAUUCUCUCUUGUACUGCCUUUGCAACCUGUACACUGUAAAGAACAUGUCUCAUGAGAGUGCUUAUGGAUGCUCUUCAAAGAGAUUUUCGAAGCUA